CCACCGCCCCGCAGGCUAGCGGAGGGCCCGCGCCGCCGCCGGUCCCCGAGCCCGGGGCUGACUCACCAUGGGGCCGGUGGGUCGCCGCAGCCUGGACUGGCUCUACUCGACGUUGUGCCUGGCGACAGUCUUACUCUCCUGGGGAUACGUCAUGUAUGCAUCAACGGUGGCCGCACAGCGACAGUUGGCGAAGGAAUUCCCGGAAAAGAUCCUCGGGAUGAAUGCAAAUUUGUAAUUUCCUUAGAUUUCAUUCUCUGCGAAUUGAACUCUCUGCCUCGUGCUUAUCGGACCUGUUUAGAUUUUAAAAUAAAAACCCUAAUGUAAAGUUUACAAAUUGAUUUUUGCAGCCCUUUAGGAUAACCAAUAAACUAAAAAAAAAAACCUUA